AUGGAGUACGUGUUAGGCGUGCUCUACGCCACGAAACGGUAUGAGCCGUUCCACACGUCGGGCGCGCAUCCCGGUGCCUCGUCUCUGCAACACACACAGGCACUACUUUUGCACUCCGGGACAUUCGCGAUGAACUCGCUGGCCGGCGUUCCGGUGGUGCCGGAUGCGGCUGGUACCGAGAGUGACAACGACAACGAUGACACCGCCGCGACGUGGGAGGAUCUUCCCACUCCUACAGCUGGCAACAACCGUCGCUCACAGGUGAUGUUCGUCUUCCCUACGGCGAAGGACGCACCAGUGGUCAAGGAAGCGAAAGCCAUCAAGACUACGUCUCCGUUCAGGCACGGCGGAAGUGUUGAGGGAGAGCCGCUCUCGCCGCCACUUCCACUACGUGCGCUUACAUCAGGCGUCGACCGCGCCCCUACGAUGACGCUACCGUCGUACUUGUCGGGCUCCCGUCGUCGCUCGUUGUCCCUGACAGCCGGCGGCAUGCAGCUCCUUCCUUCGGCGGCGGCUGCUGGUGACCAAACGCUCUCUUUCCCUCGUGAAGGCGCUGCGCUGAGCCCGUUAGUCCUGGGCCUGUCUACACCACUUAACGCCAGUGAUGCGGUGCAGAACGCAACUGGCGGAGGCGGUGCAGGAGUCGCUGCCGUGGGACGCCCUGCCGUUCGGCCACAGCGUUUAGAGCACAUUGUGCCUACCAAAGCGAUUGCAGGUAAGUACGUGCUGCUGUAUCUGCCCUCGCCUCACCGGCAUGGCGAGGCCUCCGCUGCGGCGCUGUGGGGUAGCACCGGCUCUGCGGCGGCGAUUAGCCCUGGCGGCGCAGCUGGUGGGGGCGGUAGUGCCGGUCCCAGUGGCGCGCGUGCGCACCAGACAUCGGCAGUGCUGCAAAGCCCUCAGAUGGAUCUUUCAAAGCCGCGUCUAGGCGCCAGCACGCCGUCCUCUUCGUACUUCAUGGCCAGUGUGAGCCCUCAUGCAAUGUCCACCAGCGGCGGACGAGCAAGCUUCUCCACACCUCUGAACAAGUCUGUGGAGUCCUCAUCAUCCACGUCGACAGCGACUGUUGGCGGACACCACCUCAGCAAUCACCAUAUUUCACCCGGUGGUGCUGGCAGCGGCUCCGGUGCGGCGGCCCGACAGGCAGUCGUGUGCGCUGCUGCUGCCGCUGCGAGCACGCAGCAGAAGCUUCUCCUGUUCUACUGCCUCCUCCUGCACUACCUGGCGCACCAGAGCCCCGCGCAAGAGAGGACAAUCGGCAUGUCCUUCCUGGAGAGCCGCACCGAACUGGAUACGGCGGCCGUUGGGCCGGUUCCCGUCGCAGUUUUGGAGCUGCAGUACACGACGGAAGGACCAGUCCGCAGCAACGCGGGCGGGAUAUUGGGGACUUCCACCCUUGGUGGUAGCGGUAAUGUUUCUGCAGCGGCGGACGGGCACGGUGGCACGGUUUCGGUUUCUCCCGGGUCCACUGCAGGCGGCGGUGGCGGGGCGGGUGGCUCGGCUUCUCCUCCGCCUAGCGGUAACCGCACGUUCGCGUACAGCCCUGCGCCCGCGUCCUUGUCCACCCACAGCGUCUCUGAGGGCGCGCGUGGAGGCUUGAUGCCCCCUAGCGCUUCCUUUGGCGGUAGUGGCUACCUGUCCAUCACUCCCUCCGUCAUGGCUUCUCCGCGCUCCUCCUCCGCAGCACAUUUAUUCCCCAACGCCGGCGACCCGUUUGUGACCCAGCCUGAGGCUUGCGCAGACGAGGACAGCGCUACUGCUGCGACAGCCUUGCGCGAGUUGUUGAGGGGAAGCCUCGACAAUUCUGAUGCAGUGGCCGCACAGCGACUCAGCUCAGUCCUUCGCCACCUUCUUGAUGGCCAGCCGGAUGUGUGGUUCAACCCUGACAACAUUUCGUUCGACAGCGAGCUAACGCAGAACCCGUACUAUGGCGGGUGGUACUCGGUGGAGAGCAACGACGGCUAUCGGAGAGUCAUGCAGAUUUGCAACAUACAGUCCUGGCCAGCUGUAGUGCUCGUCGACCCGGCUGGCAAUGUAGUGACGGUGGAGGCGCUAAAGUACAUGGAGGAUGAGCUGGCGCGCUAUGUUGAUGAGGUGGACGCCAGUAUCGCGAAGGCAUCCGUAGCGCAUGCCGCUGUUUCUACCGCUUUUCCAAUAGAGGCGGCCGCAUCACUCGACGUCAGCGCGGGAGACGCGUCAACGUUUGCAGCGGUGCGAGCAUCAGUGAGCGUGUCGUCUACGUCGCCGCACACCAGCGAGGUUUCACAACAGGCUUCCGCUCUCCGGACAUUCCCUCAAGACGAGGCCAGCAUCAACGGAUUAGGGGUGGCAGAGAAGUCACCGUUGUCACCGCAGCUGCGCGUGUCACGCGUGACGGAAUCGCAAGCAGCCUCGCCGUCGCCGACGACGACACUGUUUCCGGACGGAACCACGGUGACGGACCACUCCAACACGAAUCCUCUGGAAGUACCCGUCAAGCUUGCUGUUGACGACGGCGACAAGGCCACGAGUGGCCUGGUGGGCAUGCCUGAGGGGCGUAGCAUGAGCCUCUCCGGCUCCAUCUGCCGCUAUGAGAGCUCUUUCUCUGUGCAUGACCCGCAAAUUCCCACCGCUGAGCCCACCCCGGUGAAGGCAGCACCCACGACAGCGCGUUACGUGGAGGAGAGUAGUGCUUACUCGGCACCCUCGAUUACGACACCAGCGACAGCAUCGAUCUCUGCAGUGACCGUAUCGCCUCUGCUCCCCAACACGAGCAUGAGCAGCAACGGGUUCUCUGCCGGCACACGGCAGUCUAUAAUGAGCCCUGGUCGAGGGGAGGUGAGGGACAAUCAGGAUGAUGAGCGAGGUAUGGGGACCGAGGAGCGGGCGUUGGGUAUUGCAGCGACGUCCCGCGCUGCCUUCAGGGAUGAAAGCAGCAACACCCGGCAGAGGUCAGGGGGGAUAUGUGAGAAAUCGACCAGCCUCAUGGCUAAGCCCUUGGCCCCACCACUCUCGAUGCCAGCGCUGCAGCGGAGUGAGUCCACUGCAACGCCCCCGGCAGCUUUCUCUCUCGCCAAAGUAUGCAUGACGAAGGGCCACACAUCGUUCCCCAGUUGGGACCCAAAGGCCUACGGGGGCGACGUUGCCGGCGUGCUUGCAGUGAGUGACAUGGACUCGGAGAUGGACUUGCUCACUGGGCUGGGCAAGACGCAGACGAGCCGCACCCAUACGUCUGAAGGGGCCGCACCUUCUGCUGCUGGAGAGGAGGAAGCGAAGAACUGGGCACCCACUAUACAAGUCCCGCUGGCCCCCGCGGUGCCGCUUGCAAAUGCCGUCACGUCUAGGGUAGUGGCGCACGUAAAGACGGCGGAGGGGUUCAUAGCAGCCACGCCUGGGACCCCACCAACUCCACCGUCGCCUUCUCCAGCGCCGCUGCCAGUGUUUUCUUCGGCAUUUCCGUGGAAUCGCGUGCUGGCGGAGCCGCUGAUGGCGUACCAACCGCCGUCCUUGAUGACGACGAGUGUAGGCACUGCCACCUCCGUCGACUCACGGAGGGUGAAGGAAAGUGCACCGCAGAGGGACAAGACUGACUCCUCGCCGCCGUUGCCUUCCUUGCGCCUGCUCAGCCGUAGGGCGACCGCAACAGCAUCACUCGGUGAGAGGCGAUGCGGCGACGGGGAGGACUUUAGGGAGGGCUUGAGUGGGUUUGACCGAACAACGGGAUUAUCAUCAGCCGGGGCAGCAGGCGCGCGACACUUGGCCGUGCCACCUAGAACGCACGCCGCAGCUGCGAUGGCGCCUUUGUCUAUGGUGCACCGGCAAGUAGGUCGCAGCAGUACGCCGGCCAGCAUGUCUGUCUCUGGAGUGCCAGAGGCUGCAGUGGCGUGCGAGCCGGAAUCUGGCGCCAUGUCGCACAACAGCCUCUUUUUGCAGAGUGGUGAGGUGCGGGGAGCGGCGGCACUGCAGCUGGAGCUGACCACGCUCGCUGACAGUUCGGCGCUGACGUGGUCGGGCCUCCGCUUACCGAUAGACCCGCUGCAUCGCCUUGCCUUCUGCACGGUGACGGUGAGCGAGGUGCGAGAGCGAGCGCGUCAGUCAUCCAACAACACUGUCCUGUCGUCUUCAGAGCUUGGAAAGACGAAUGAGCAGCCUCUUGUUGCGCCCCUGACGCAGGGGGCCGUGUGCCAGUCCUUGCAGGCUGCCUCGAACGAGAGUCUAGUGUUUCCGUCCCUGUCGCUUGCCAACAGCAUCGACAACGCCAAUGCACGUCGAUUGGCCGCCUCACAUGGUUUGCCCUCUCAGCCGCAGUUGCCGCUGCCUACCACCCAGGUACCACCACUACCGUCGCUACUGGACACUGCGAGCCAGCAGAUCAUAGAAAAGUUGCUUGAAAAGUGGCCGCGCGAGGCAGCAGUGAAAUUCAGCCUGUGCACACAUCUACUGAUCGUGUUUGGUGCCGGCUGGCAUCCUGGAAUGGCGAAGUUUGUGCGCGCAGUGCGCCAUCUGUGCAGCACCAUCAACGAGCCUGCAUAUGCAUCACCUGGAGCGCCGGACUUCAGGAAAAGACGUGGUAGCGAUGGCGACGAUGCGGGGGGCUUGCGCGGAGGUCUGGGUGGUCUGAACAUACGCGGGCUCAACAGUCAGCUGAGCACCGAGGACGACGCUGUCGCUCCGUUCGCUUCUUGGAAGGGAUUCAGCAACUCCUCGAUCGACUGGACCAGUGGCGGCGUAGGUGACUUUGCUGGUGGUUUUGGAGAGGCUAGCAGUCGCUUUGAAAUGCGUAGCUUCACCAGCUUCACUCGCGCCGACGCUGACGGCAGCAACGUAUCUGAAGAGGGGGAGCGCAUGCGAAGUGCGUGUACUCUCAAUGAAGCGGCUGCGGUGGUCGGCAAAUCUACCGCCCCCGAUACGACACCGCGCCGCCGCGUGCAGGUCAUCUACAUCAGUGCUGAUGAGUCGCUGCAGGCCGUGUGCUCUGCCAUGGCCGAUAUGCCGGGGGACUGGCUCUGCGUCUCCCCCUACGUGGCCCAAAGCGUGCCGGAGCGUCAGCUACAGGAGCACGCGAGUGACAUGGCGCGCCACAUCUUUCACGUCAAGUCCUUCCCGCGCAUGGUAGUGGUAGAGAUGCCCUAUGGGCAGCAACAGCAGCAGCAGCAGCAGCAGCAGCCUGCGAACGCAGAGUGCACAGGAGCCGUGCAUACAGGAGACAUCAGCGCUGGGGGCAGAGGCGACGUCGAGGGUGAGCUCGGCGACGCUGUUGGCACGCUCAUGACCUUGUACGACAUCGGCUCCAUAUCGCAGCCGGCGAGCGAGCAGCGACACGGGGGACUUUGGACAGUGGUGCAGUUGCACGGUGAGAUGCACCUCUACACUGAUCCGGAGGGCAAGGAGUUUCCAUGGCCGAGCGAGUCGGCUCGUACGCGGCGUACCAAGCAAGAGGAUAUACCCGCCUUGUUACGCUGGAAGCAGCAGGCGUGUGCGUCGCUCAUUAGUGGCUUUCGGCAGAAGCAGCAGCGGGCACUUCCGCACACCGGUCUCUCGUUGCACCCCUCGCCGAUGUUGGGAAGCAGCAACCCGGACGGGCUCGAAGAUGCCAUGCCUCUGCAUUUCCACACGGAGAGGCUAACGGUCUCUGAUACGCCGACGAAAGUGACUGCCAUAGAAGCGGAUGUCUUGGUUUCGACCGCCGAUACAGUGUCACUGCAUCCGCCAGUGGCGCGUCUCUUCCCCCCCAUCAAGCCGUUUCUCGUGGCAGACGGUGAGCUGCCAUCUCUGCUGGAGAGAGGCGGCUACUUUGUUGUCCUCGGCGCGUUCGGCUCCGUUGACCGGCAGCUGCACCAGCAGUGCUUCAACGCGCUUGAUGAGGUGCGCCAGUGGCUUUACGCAGAGGUAGAGGCGCGCAAACAGAGUGCGUGGUCGGAGCUGACGCAGUUGCAGGCGGUAGUGUCGUAUGGUCCGUACACAACGCCUUUUAGUGUGGACGGAGACCGGGUAACGUCCUCGCCUGCGGCGUUUCACCCCAACACUGGUGGCAAUGUCGGAAUGGACGAGUACACCUUACCUACACGCUACUCGUCGGGUAUCACGGCGGCCGCACCUCUGAGCAUUGCCCCCGGCGGAGGCGACCCUGACUCGGCUGCCGCGUUGCACGGCCUUGGCCACGGCACCUUCAGCAACCGUAGUGACAGCACACCGAUGGCCUUCGAAGAUGGCUGGCCAGAGUCGCGCGGCGGCACAUCCCCCAAGCUCGCGGCGUCGAGUCCGCCGGCACCUGGCCGACUCUCUCUCCAGCUCGACGCUCCCACCGGAGUACACGGGAUUCACGUAGGCGGUGCCCCUUCACUAGCAAGCGCUGCCGCCACGCACAAACCUAUCGCUGCCGCUCGUCCGUUGCCGACAGUGUACUUUUAUGACUCGAUCCUCAGCCAUCCACCCGCGCCUGACUCACCACCCCCCGCGACAGCGGCGCGUAACACCAGUGGCGUGCCUGGGGGUGGCGGGCAGGACGCCAACAAGGAGGUUGGACUUGAGGCGAAGCCAGCUCCGCUGAGCCACACGUCCCUCGCACCUACCGGCACCCCGGCAAAGGCUUUGCCUCGGCAGUGUGGCAAUGAUGCUGAGAACGCGGUGGCUACAGCAGCCUUUUCACCCUCGCCUGCUCCAACACCGUGUGUGGCAGAUAACACCUCGGCACUUCGCCGUCACCACGCCAGGGACCUGGCGCUCUUGCAGGAGUACAUCAUUGCACCUAUCCUAGAGGUGGAUGAGAGGCAGCUGCCGGUGCGUGAGGGGGAGCUGUACCUGGCGUGCGUCCGGUGGCCGCAACGGACGAGCGCGGUGCUACGGCGCUGCCUGACUUCUGAAGCGCGACCAACCGCUGCAGCACUAGCCGUCCCCUCGGGGAGCACCGCAGGCUUGCCAGCCGGUUCGACGUCGAGCUCCGCUGCCGGCAGCUCAUUUGGAGGAGGCCUGGCGUCUCCAUCGUCUGGCUCGAACUCAGCUUUGCGAAGUCUCACAGCUUCACAGUCUCUUGGACAGACACAACCGUUGCCGGAGGUGAUUCUGCGUCGUUCCUCAACCCCAACAGAUGCUUCUCCGUCCCCGAGCUCACCAAUGACGGCACUAGUGCUGGGCAGCGUCUCCGCAGCUGCAAUCACAGGCAGUAGCGAUGGAUCGAGUCACCUCCUUCCUCCGACCACUGCCCCUGCCGCGCUGCCAUCAUCAUCUUCUGCAGUGGCAGAUUCUGUUGGUGCUUCUGCAAGCGGUACUAAUACCGGCUUGAACUCACCGCCGCUGGGUGCCACGUUGUCAAACCACACCAUGCUGAUGGAGGAGGAGUGCAAGGAGGGGUCGCCCUACCCGGACGCGACUCCGCUGGCCUCCGCGGAGGCCAUCAAGUCAUUUCUUUAUGAUAACAUUUUGCGCCUAAUGGAGGCGUGA